AUGGAGCCGAGCUGGAGUACGUUUCUUUUUCAACAGGCCAAUGAAGCCCUCCACCACCAGCACCAGGUGGCCCAGAACAGCCUGCUACCACUUCUCAAUGCAGGAGCUGAACAAGUUGACCAGAAGCCUAUCCUGCCUAUCCAAAUAGACCAGAAGCCACCUGCCAAUGCUGCUGAGCUUCUCAAAGACAAUGUCGCCAGCGGAGGUGGUCAGCGGCUUCCUGUGCCUGUGAUAAAGAAAGAACACAAAGGCAAAACCCCUUUUGUCUGCGGCUACUGUAACAAGGCCUUUCGCGACAGUUACCACCUGCGACGUCAUGAGUCCAGCCACACCGGUAUCAAGAUGGUUUCACGUCCAAAGAAGACAGCCCAAACAGCCCCCACCAUGGUCCCCAUGAUCGGCACCAUGCCACGAGAAAACAACGGCAACUCUUCCUACAUCUCCACAGUAGCUGGCAUCCUCUCCACAGCAACAACCUCUGUUUCCUCAGGCACAAGUAUCAUGACAUCACCUGCAAUGGGCAAUGUGCCGCAGCAAAAUGUCCCGAAGAAACCUGCCAAACCUGUCAAGAAGAACCAUGGAUGUGAGAUGUGCGGCAAAGCCUUUCGCGACGUAUACCACCUGAAUCGUCACAAGCUGUCCCAUUCAGAUGAGAAGCCUUUUGAGUGUCCCAUCUGCCAGCAACGCUUUAAAAGGAAGGACCGCAUGACCUACCAUGUUCGCUCUCACGAUGGGGGUGUCCACAAGCCCUACGUAUGUUCUGUGUGUGGAAAAGGCUUUUCCAGGCCAGACCACUUGAGCUGCCAUGUGAAGCAUGUGCAUUCCUCAGAAAGACCGUUUAAAUGUCAAGUAACGGCCUGUACCUCUGCUUUCGCCACCAAAGACAGACUCCGUUCCCACAUGAUUAGACAUGAAGGCAAAGUCACCUGUAGUAUCUGCGGAAAGAUGCUCAGCGCAGCCUACAUCACCAGUCAUCUGAAGACUCACGGGCAGACCAACUUUAACUCCUGUAACAAAGACGGUAACGAAGUCUGCAAUUCUGCCUCAGCCACACCUGUGACCAUCUCUGCCCCCAUCACUUCAGCGAUGAACCGGGGCAAUGUGAACAACAACAACCCCGUCACCAUCGCCGCACAAAUGAACAUUAGCACCAACACGGUCAACAUCACAUCUCCAGUCAGCCUCCAGCACCCUGUCACCAUCACUGGGCCCGUCAACAUCGCCUCCGUGAACAUCCCGGCAACCGCGCCUAUGAAUAUCGCCCACCCUGUCGCGAUCACAACCCCGAUGCCCAUGAAUAUAGCCGGGCCGCUCAACAUCGCCAUGAGGCCAGUGGAUAGCAUGCCUUUUCUCUCCCAAGUCUUGCCUUCAUCCCCACCUUGGUAAAAAAUUUAAAAAGAAAAAAAUUAAAUAAAAGAUAAAAAGGAGGGAGCGAGGUGAACUGGCCAAGAAGAAAGGGAAAAUGAAGUGAAACAAGAGACUCCUGUCCUCACAGCUGAACCACGGGCUCGGCUCUUUCUCACCUAGAACAGCGCUCACUUCUCCGAGCUCUGAAGUGAAUAUUUACACGAGCUGUGCACCCAGUAGGAGCUCACCAAGUCCCAGCUGUGUCCCAACCGAGGUUAAGUGACUGGCAUGGGACGCAGAAUAAGAGUAGAAUUUGAGUAGGGUUUAUCUUGAAAUCAGGACAGCCGUAAGACUUAGUGUAGUCAGUUAGAACGAUGAAACUGUGAUUUGUAUUAUGACAAAUGAGAGGAUUCCUCAUCCUCGAGGACUCCUUAGGAAAAACACAUCAGUGCUUUUUGUAAAAGGGAGAUGGGAAAUGAACUGAAGCAAUAACUAUAAAUUGCUGUAUUUGAUGUUUUACAAGUUCUCUCCCAAAGUCUCUGGGUGUUACUUUGUAUAUUGUUUUUUUGUUUUUGUUUUUGUUUUUUAACUAUAGCCUGCUAAUCACUAUUUAAUGUUAUAGGAAAUGAGUCUAGUAAAAGGGACAGCAGCUUCCACUUGCAUGGAAGAAUAUUUUUUCACAUUGCUAUAGCAUUUCUUUUGUAUUCUCAGAUAAUAGGUAUGCUCUUGAGGUACACUGACUAACUUGUACAGUUGACAUAGUAAUGUAUUUUCCACGUCAGCAUUUUAAUUUUUGCUUUUAGCAAGUGGAUAUCAAGACACUGUCCUCUUGACUAUGAAAUAUUUCUAUUUUGUUUUUAUAUGUAUGGACACACAAAGUUCUGUUUUUAUUUUCCUAAUUUGUAGUGUUAAUUUUUUUUUGUUUUCUUCAUGAAUUCAGAAUGGAACGAAUCUUGCACUGAAAGAAUAUCCUGCAUACAGGUGAACAGCAGUAUUAUUGAAGAUCAAAGUGGCGUCUCGGUGUUUUUUGCAGCAACAGCAAGCACUUGAGCACCAUCUAGUGGCUGAUUUUGGAAAGCCUUGCAGUGAAGCUUUUUCAGGCUGUUACCCGUCACCAUGGUGGUGACUAAACGUACUGCUCAAAAAAACAAACAAAAACAAAAGAACCGAGGGAACACUUGAACAAUUUUUAACUUUUAAAAUUUCGAAUCCAACCCUCAAAGUGUUGGUGAUUUUGAUUACACAAUGGAUGUCAGUAAUGAUUUUCAAACUGAAUGUUUCAUUAAUCAAGGUCUGAUUUUAAGUGUCACCUUAUUUUCAUUUUUAAAGCAGCAUACUUUUGGCUGACUCUUCUGCACACUCUUACUUUUUUUUUUUUUUUCUUUCUUUUUUUUCUGUUACAUCCCCAACCAUAUGCUAAGGAUGCUUCGCUCAGGAAACGUAUAGAAAAGCCCCAUUACUCAUGAACGCGGUUCUUUUUAUACUGAUAUCUACCACGUGUCAUGAUUCCUCUCCAUGUAACUUUUUGGAUUCCCUAAAAGAUUUGGCAUCGUGGGGUUUGACUUCAGUGAGGAAGAAGUUGUCCAAGACUUUUUGUUUUGUUUUUAAUAGCCGUCCAUUUAAAAUGAUAAAUGACUGUACAAUGGAAUACAUGCUGUUUACCUUUUUAAAUUUCCUUUAAAGUCUCAGUCUGCAUAGGUACAGUAUGUGGCUGGGAACUGUUUAAUCAAAUGCAAGUUUGUGUCCACUGAAACAACAGGACGAGACUGACAAUGCAUGACCCUGAACACUGUAGCUGUUGACCUGUUUUUUUUUUUUGUUUGUUUUUAGUGAAUGCCAUGGUAUUUCAGCAGUGUUUCAGCUCUUCUGAGUUGACAGUUUAUACUGAAAAAUGCAAUAUGCAUGUUUGUCUUUUUUUUUUUUUUUUUUUUCCCCAAGUUUUGUUUUAAACAAAAUAUUAGUCUAGCGUUUUUGUUUUUUUUAUUUUUGUUAUAUUUACGUAGAUACACUAUAAUAGCCUGUUUGCCAAAUUUGAAACAAUAAUGAUGUGAUAAACUGAAUAUUUCUGGUGGAAUUGAACAUCUCUUUAUUUUUAAGGAAAAUGGUUAAUUGGAAAUUCCAGGACACUUGUGAAAGCAGUUGAAUGUAUAUCUUUGUACAAAACUAUUUUAGUUCCAAGGAUAAGGUAGUUACAAUAGAUGUGAAAGAUAACCUUUUUUAUAAAUUUUUUGUAUUAGAACAUUAACAUUGAUAAUUUUGUAUAUAUGAGACACUAGGCUUUCUGACUAGCAGAAAGGUCAAACAUUCCUACAUUUUUUUUUAAAUGUACGUUUGUCAGAUUAUUACAUAAACAUGCGCAAUGUUAUGUGCCUUUUAUUUGGGUUGUCUAAAUAAAAGAAAACUAUCAAA